AUGGAUAAAUUUAUUGCUUUCAAUUUAUUGAAGAGUCCCUGUUGCUUCUCUAAAGUCUUACUGUUUCUUAUAGGAACACCUUAUGAGGGUGGAAUAUUUUUUCUUGACAUAACCUUUCCUUCUGAUUAUCCAUUUAAACCUCCAAAGGUUGUAUUCAAAACUCGCAUAUAUCAUUGUAAUGUAGAUCCUUCCGGCAAUGUUAGCUUGGACAUCCUAACAGAGAACUGGAGUCCAGCGUUAACAAUCUCAAAGGUGCUACUUGCUCUGAGAUCAAUGUUCACUCAUCCUGAAACCUAUAAGCCGGUUGUUCCUGGUAUUGCACACUUAUACUUGGGAGAUAAAGCCAAACAUGAUGAAAUAGCUGCACAGUGGACACUGAGAUUUGCAAGGUGAAAGAAGAACGUGAUGUGGAACUUUUUUAACAAGUUCAGGUCAGCCACUGCUUAGUUUGAAGUUUAACAAACAAAGAAGAACUGUUGUAAACGAUAUUUAAACUUACAACCUGUAUAUAAUUCAUAUAAAUAAAUUCGACUUCUGUUAGCUACUUUUCAAAAUUUCACAUUUAGACCAGUUGCUUUAUUUGUUUGUUGAAUUGUUCUUUUCUUCAUUUACAAGUCCUUGAGGCUGAACCAAUAAAAGCAGAAUGAAACUGGA